AUGAGUGAAAUAGCUGUUGAUGCAGAAUUUGUAGAUAAAAAUGAGUUUAAUAAUAGCGAAGGUAAUAGAGCACGAGCAAAUAAUGUGUUUUUACCAGGAGAUGAAUUGAUAGAUGCAGAUGGAUAUAUAAGAGGGCAUGGAACACACAUGAGAGGCAAAAGUAUCACAUCGACGUAUUUUGGAAAUAUGAAGGUCACUAAUAAGUUAGUUACGGUGGAUCCUAUUGUACCUUUGAAGUAUUUGCCUCAAGUUGGGGAUGUGGUAAUUGGAAGAGUGUCUGUAAUCCAGAGUAAGAAAUGGAAGUUGGAGGUGAACAGUGCCUGUGAUGUAUGCCUUAGUCUUUCUGCAAUUAAUCUGCCUGGAGCAGUGCAGAGAAGGAAGCUUGAGUCUGAUGAAAUUGUUAUGAGAAGUUUUUUUGAUGUAGGCGACUUGGUUGUUUCUGAAGUGCAGAAGGUUAGUAAAGGAGGAAUGGUGGCAUUGCAUGCAAGGAAUGAAAAAUAUGGGAAGCUGAGUGAUGGAAUACUUGUUAUAGUUCCGUACUUCUUGCUUGAUUUACUAAAAACAAGAUUUUUGAGUAGGAGUGGAAUUGAUGUGAUAGUUGGAUGCAAUGGUUAUAUAUGGAUUGGUGCGAAAGACAAGUACAAGUCAUGCCGUGAUGUAAGCUGUUUGGCAUCCAGUAUAAGGAAUGCAGUAGAGUUUGGGAUGAGGAUUGAUAUUGAAAAGUUGUUGUAUAGCAAUGAUUGA